AUGGAUUUUGGAAAUUACAACAUUCAAAGGAUUGCAAAGACAAUCAGCGAAACGACGAGCAUCAAAGGAAUGAUCAGUGAUGUCGAUCCUUGUAUAUCGUUAUGGAACAAGACAACUCUCGGAUUGCUGAAAACUAAAAAACCAGAAUAUUACAAUGCCAUUUGCUCAAUCAUUGAUAAGAUGGGAGAAGCCUCAGCAAAGGCCCAAUCUCUACCGUAUGCCAUCACCACUUCGGCCAAGAUUCAAUUAAACGAUAAUAAUUUGUAUUUGUAUGCGAUCGAAAAUAAGGCAAUGGGAAUCAUCAAAGUCGGAAAAAAGAAGCUGUUCUAUCGGAAUUUGUCGGGCGAUUUUAAGGAAAUUGAACCAUUGUGUGUUUUAGACUUUUAUGUGAGCGAAUCCUGCCAAAGAAAGGGCAUUGGUAAACUAUUGUUUGAAGCAAUGACCACACAUGAAAACAUGACUGCUGAAAAACUUGCUUACGAUAGGCCUUCUCCAAAAUUAAUUGCUUUUCUUCGAAAACAUUAUGGGCUCUCUGAUUACAUUCCUCAAAGUAAUAAUUUUGUAAUUUUCAAACAAUAUUUUUCAAGUAAGGAUAAUGCAAGCUUGACAUCACCAUAUUCAAAGAAGGAUUUUUAUAACACCACCAAAACUUCGAUUGAGAAUAAUAAUGGUAUGAGUUCAGUGUCAUCCAAUCUCUCUGGCCAAUCACAGACAAACUCCAAGUUUUUUGAAAACUUCUCACAACAGCCACAUGAAUCAUUUUCUUCAAAACGAGGAACUCACUACAACCCUAUCACCCACCAAUUACACCAGGAUGGUAAUUUAAAUUCCACACAAAAAAGAACAGGAAAGAGAAUGAUUGCUCCUCCUACCUCUUCUAUCAGCUUUUUCUGA